AUGUCGGGCCUGGAGCUUGUGGAAGCGCUGAACCAGUGGCACUGGAACAACAACUGCUUCCACGACCACGUCUUGCAGUUUGCGAAGAGCCAUGAGUUGAUUCUGAAAUCGGAUGAGGAUGAGCAUUCUCAUGAGCUGUACCGGCUCCAUGAAGAGUUCAGGCAGCUGCUCGAAAGCUUUGUUGCGAGCUUUCUGGACCAUUAUGGUUCAACUCUACAGGAUUUGGAGGCUGCGCUGCUUGAGGCGCAGGCCUCGGACGACUUGUACAUCACGAUGAGUUCUGAAGUUGUUCGGGAGGAGCUCUUCGCGUUGCUGGAUUAUCAGGCCUUCCAUAAGACAAUGCUUCGGGCAGUGGCAAUGGAUGCAGAAUCGCACCGGCCAGUGGGUGCUGCUGCCGAUGAUCUGGGGGACUCGUGCAAUGCUUCGGCUGUGGAGUCUGCGAAAGCGGGGUCGGCAAGGAGCAAUGGAUACUUAUCAUAG